AUGGUACACAUAGACAUAGACCAAUACAUACCUACAAUCAAAACCAUAUUGCAAGACGCUGAUCCGCAAGUCAUCACUCCCAAGGAUGUCCGUCUAAAACUGGAAAGUAUAUACAAAGUGGAUCUUACUCCACAGAAAAAGGAAGUGCAACAACUGAUAGAGAAGCUCUUCGACGAAAUGAGCUUCUCUGAGGAAGAAGAGGUAAAGGAAGAAAGCGACGACUUAACCACUCACUCACCAGCAAAUACGACAGAUCGAGUCUCAAAUGGAAAUGUGAAGAAAACCAAAAAACCAUCACAAACAAAAAAGCAGACUGAGACUAAAAGCAGCAAAUCUCGAAAGACGGACGCAGACGCAAAGAAAAAGAAUGAAUCGCAGAAGAAAAAGAAAUCUACUAAACGGAAACGAAAAGACGAGGAUGAUGCGAUUGCAUCAGAAGGAGAAGCGAGAAAGAAGAGAAUUACAGGAAUUCAUAAGCCAUUAAGACUAAGUCCGGUGAUGGCAAAGUUUUUGGGUGAGACUGAGCUUUCGCGAUUAGAAGUUGUCAAACGCCUCUGGGCCUAUAUCAAAACCAACGAGCUACAGGAUCCAAACGACAAACGCUACAUAAUUUGCGACGAUAAACUCUAUCCCAUCUUCGAAAUGGACCGUCUUCACAGUUUUACUAUGAACAAAUUUCUCACACCUCAUUUGACGAAACUGGAAGGACAUGUAGCGGGAGAGAAUGGGAGCGGGAUUCGAAAUGCGGAUGCAGAAGAGGGACUUGACGAACCUGAGCGUCCGCUUUCGAAAACUGACAUUGCUGAAAAUAGCGAGGUAAACGCGGAACAAGCGGGUGAAGAUAAAUAUGGAUCAGAAGAAUUAUUCAAAGAUAGCGACGAUAGUAAAGAGGAUUUCUCUGCUCCAGUAUAUGAACAAUGA